UAUUGUUUAUUGCUUACAUCUUCCCCACUAAGCCAACUAACCGUCUGGUGAUAACUGAUAUUAAAAUAGAGCACUCGCGGUAAAUACAGAAAAAUUGAACUAUUUGCUCCAUAAUCAACAUUGCUUUGGUGACACGGAACCAGCUUGUUACGUCAGAGAGCACGCAUGAUGGAAGUAGAGCAUCUAAGAGUGGACGCUCCACUACAGUCUUUACAUUACACUGAUUAUUCGGCUAGUCUCUUCGGAGAACUGUCUGCACCCUAAAAAUGAGCGACACAUGGUGCAGUUUUGUUUCUCGGUUCAAGGUUGACCUUUUCGAAUGUUCUCAAGAAGCUGUCAACUUGAGGACGUAGUUAGCGGGAUAGCUAUCAAGUGAUGAACUGUUGUUUUCUCAGUCAGAUACUUCGGCUAACGCUUCAUUAGCCCACUUGUCACCGACAACGGUCCUAGCGAUAGCGAGAUGAUCACGCCGCGUGACUUUUUGUCCGCUUAGCUAGAAAUUCCGAAAAUAUGGACAACGAACGCAGCAAUUGCAGGCCUCAACUUGGAGACAAUAGUCAGCUAACGGAGCUAGCAGGCUAUAUUGGCAGCUAAGCUUGCUAAAAAGCUGCCUUGUUGCUCGGUGCGUGAGGAACAGUCCUUAAGCCAAGAAGGUGCCUGUACCAUGUUUAAGGAUGUGACAGAUCAAAUUACAGCAGCUUCUAUCCAGCUCCACAGCAAGGAGUUAGCUUUGAUAAACCAAAGCUCGGGAUCUCUGCAAAUUCCCUCUGGGAUAAUGUCAUCUCAAUUCAAGUGGUGGGGUCGGAGCUCUGGAGACACCAGCCUGGUGAAAUCUGAAUAUGGUCUUCGUAAUGGGUCCUGUGAAACUGAAGUUUCACUAGGGGGAGUUGUCACUGCAGAGGCGGAUCACCUUUCUGUGUGCCACAAUGGAAUAUCCGAGUUUUCCAACAGUGACAUUUUACUGCCUGAGGUCUGCAUCUCUUCCAACAGCAAUAGUUUUGAGGAGGAUAUGAAUUAUGAGGUCCAGCAGGCUUAUAAAAUAUUCAGCGGCUUUCUUCUUGACAAGUACAAAGGUCUCACUAGCCCCUUCUUCCAUCCCACUGAUGACGACGAGACCCAAGAUGGAAUUGAAGGAGUCCAGGGCCGGGUUCAGUCACAACUUGGGCAGUCCAUGUGCUUGCAGAGGAUAAAGGAGAAGUUUAUCAACAAGGAGUAUGAGACCAUAACAGAGUUUGUUGCAGACUUCAGGCUAAUAUUGGAGAACUGUUACCGCUGCCAUGGGGUGGACCACUGGAUCUCCAAACAAGGUCAAAAGCUAGAAAUUAUGCUGGAGCAGAAGCUUACAUUGCUGUCCAGACCUCUGCGAGAGAAGACAACCCUUGCUGUCACUUCAAAAGGGCGUUUUGGCAACGAUGAGGAACGGGGCUCAGGGAGUUCCUCCACGAGAAGAAGACUGGCUCCUCGCAGCCUGACGACAAUUACUGUUGGAGGCCAUGAGUCUGUCAUGGUGCAGGCACUACGUCUGGAAGAGCAGCAGAGGGCUAAAGAGGAGAAAAGACAACGUGAGCUUGAGAAGAAAGAGGCAGGAGAAAUGUCAGCUAAGGAGGUGGAAGAGUGGGAGCAAAGCUUAUUGUCGCAGGCCUUACCCCAAACUGUGGACACAGUAUGGGAACUCCCUGCAAUUGGGCAUUUUCUCUGCCUCGCUCAGACUGCUCUCAACCUACCCGAGAUAGUCUUUUUUGAGUUGGAACGUUGUUUGCUAAUGCCGAGAUGCAGCCUCCUUCUCUCCAAAGUUAUGUCUUCCCUGUUGUCCCCACCUCAUCGAAGGGCUACUCUUCACCGCCGGCCCACACUGCCGUACCGCCGAUGGGAGUCAGAGUUAAGACAACGCGUUUCGGGCUGGUAUAGAACUGUUGGCUCCGCACGCAAUCAGCAGCAUCGAGCCGAGCAGCUUGGACUUUGCCAUCAGUUUUUUCGGGUCCUGGGGGAGGAAAGUCCUUUGGAGGAUACACCGUUUCAUUUGUUGCCCUUCUACCAGCGAGUCUGGCUCCUGAAAGGACUCUGCGACCACGUGUAUGAGACGCAAAAGGAUGUACAGGACACUGUGUUGGCCCAACCUAUCCACGAAUGUAGGGAGUCUAUUUUAGGCUAUGACAGCAAAGAAAAUGCCUACAUACAUUUCCCACACUUCUGUGGGGCAGAUCUGAGAAUUUACUGCCAGCAGCCCAGCUCCCCCCCAGCAUUUCCUUUUCCAUCUAAACUAGUGAAAAGGGUGGACUUCGGACAAGGGACGGAGAAUGAGGGGAAUAAAAAUGGGGGAGUACGUGACGCGACCUUCAUUGAGCAUGAAGAUUAUGGGAAAAGAACAGUAGAGACUCGUGUAGGUUUCAAAACGGAGAAUGGAAACACAGAAGACAGUACAAUAAGGCUACAUUUGUGGCCUACAUCAUCGACAAAUGGAUCUGAAUCUGAGUCUUCUGGUGGUUUACUCUACAAAGACUCCAAAGUAGACUCAAAAACACAUACAAACUCCUUGCGCCUUAAAAGGAGUUGUCAUUUUGGAGUAAUCAAUUCAAAAAUUGGUUUAAAGAAGGAGAUUUUAGAUGACCAUAAACAGUCCAAAUGGGCGCAGAGACCCUCAAUGGAUCAUAACGUUAAAGAAGAAACACAAGCAUCUUACAUAAAUGUGGAGGAGCACAGCUACACAGGCAGGUCACCUGCUUGUUCAGAAAGUCUGGGCUCCCCACCUAAGGUUUUGGAACUAAGAAUAGAAGGCACAAGUCCCAUUCAUGGAAACAAAUCGCUCCCUUGCUCAGAUUGUUGGAAAAAGAAAAUUGGUAACGUUGCAUCUGCGGAGCAUACCUGCGCCUGUGAAAAAUCCGAUCUCGCAACAAAACUAUCACCCAGAAAUGCUCAAAACUCAGCGGACGAUUUGCUGAAUGACAAAAUGUGGACUAAAAAAAGGAAACACAAGAAAGAGCACUCAGAGGAACGCCUUCUAAAGGUUAAAAAAGAGGACAAGCAACUUCAGCAGGAAGACGGGCUCUUCCAGACCAAAGCUUCCAAGUCUGUGGUCUCUGCAACAAUCAAUAGAAAAGUUAAGAAGAAAAAGAGUAAAACAGGUGAGGAUAUGAUCAAUUACUGA